GCCCUGAACUGGGAGCUUGCAUCCGCCAAGGUCAGCGUCUUUGCCACGCUGAGCGACGGCGCGGUUAUGGCAGUAUCCAGCGCGUCCACCGUCACCGCCAUGCAGCUAAGCGCCACCACAUCUGCCGCCACUGCCAACAUCACCAACGCAACCGCCACGGCAACCCCGCUCCCGCUGUCCUUCAGCCUACAGCCUCUGGUGGGAUUCUCGCCUCUGAACCUGCAAGUAAAUGCAUCCCUUGGCUCCUCCACGGCCUGCUGUGGGGCCUUACUGCAAGCUACCUGGAGUGUCUGCGGCCGUGGAGGGACUUCCUCUGCGUCCGGGGUGGCAUUGCCUGUUGCAUCAGGCUCAGGGACGGUUCGUGUGGCACUUCCCACGCCCACCCGCAUCGCCGCCCUGCUGCUCUCCGCGACCGCCAUCGCCAGCCCUGACAAUGGCGCUGCACUGCCGCCCAUCAGCGUCCCCACGCGAGCGGCGGUCCGUGUGCUGGUGGCCUUUGACGACGGGCAGCAGCGCGACAUGACCACGGAUGCACGGAUAGAGGUGUGGGUGUCGCAAGGCACCGACCUAUGCAGCGUGAUGCGAGGCUGCAAGCGCGCGCCACCUUCGCCGGCUUGGCCCCCUUCACCGCCUCCAACACCACCACCGUCAUCACUCUGAGCUCGCUGCAGGUGUAUGUGGUGGACGGCAGCCCUGCCGCGCCGCCCACCACCAACAGCAGCUCGCUGACCGGGCUGGCCUCGCCGGCAUUGCCGCUGCGUCUGUUCAAGUGCGACUUCAGCCACUACCUGCCAGCGAGUGUGUGGGUAAUGGGCGUGCUCAGCAGCUGCGGCUCCAGCUGCACCCUUCUGGACCUGAACGACCCGACUCAUACCUUCCUGCAGCUCUCAGACACCUCCGCGCUCUCACUGGUUCGCAACCCCGCCAACACCAGCCUCACCAACCUGCUGCUGCCGUCAAAGCCUGGCGCCAGCAUGCUGUCUGUCUCCUUUGGGGCCGCCUCCUCUUCUUCCUCCGCUGUUAUUCUGAGCAGCAGCUUCAAUGUCACGGUGGAGGAUACGUUCCAGUUCGGCUGGCCGCGCGUGGUAAACAUCGUAGACAAUGCCUUCACACUGACCGCUAACAUGACCUCAGCCGCCUUCAAGGUGACGUACCUGGUGCAGGCCGCCAGCAGCACUGCCACAACACCCACAGCAGCAGACGUAGAGAAAGCCGGCGUGGC